AAACAGCUGAUGCCUGCUUUUUCCGGUUUUAAACUCACGUUAAAAUCAUCAAAGCAUGACGUUUGACGGUUUGUCAACAGAAAGCAGCUUGUCAAGCAUCACAUAAAAAGAAGUUGGACUUGAGGAAGACAAGGCACUAUACGAUGAUGCGGGAAGGCUCAGAGAAAGUGUUCCAAGACUCGGUGCACGGCUGCAUCACCAUGCCGGCUCAGUGUAUGGCCAUCAUCGACACUCCUGAGUUCCAGAGGCUCAGGUUCAUAAGGCAGCUGGGCUGCAGUUCGUUCGUGUACCCCAGUGCCUGCCACAGCAGAUUUGAACACAGCAUUGGAGUAGCACACUUGGCCGGUAAGCUGGUGGAGGCCUUAAGACACCGGCAGCCAGGGCUGGACAUCACCACGGAGGACGCCAUGUGCGUGCAGGUGGCCGGUCUCUGUCAUGACCUCGGCCACGGUCCCUUCAGCCACCUCUGGGAACAGUUUGCCAAAGACUUCAGGUUGAACAUUCUUGCCCUGCAGAUCAUCAACAAUCAACGCAACGGCAUCGACGUCGACAAGUGGGACUAUCUGCUACGGGACAGCCACCACCUCGGCAUCCCGGUUUCGUUUUCGUACGAGCGCCUGAGCAGAACACGAAUAGAUUAUUUAUAUAAACGAGGCAGACGAGGCAGGCUGUCAGAGGCAGCAGACAGCGUGCAGGAGUUCGUACAGCUGACAGACGACGUGGUGCAGCGCAUGAUGCGCCUCAGAGACGUGCGAGGCGCGCCUCACGCCUCACGCCUCAUCCUCACGGACGUGUUCAGGCGCAGGCUCUACCAGGACGUGGGCCACGUCAUGCUCGACUGUGCGCAGCGCUGUACAGUCGAAGACUUCAGGAAGCUGAUGCUGGAGGCCGUGGAGGUGCACCCAGGGCUGCCCCCGGGGCGCCCCCCUCACGAGGUCUCCAGCUGCAUAAGAUUCAUCCCUCUGACGCCACACUUCGGCAGAGGCCAUCAGAAUCCUAUGGCGAAAAUUGGGUGA